AAAAAAUAUAAAAAGUGCAAAGGAAAAAAAAACAUCCCCCUUCUUUCCCAUCUAAUGUAAAUAACAUGAACAAUUAAUCACUAUCUUUAAAAUACAACUAACCAUUUCUUCAUCUCAUAUCUCAAUUUUCGGUAAGUCAAUUUUUAAAAUUUCACCUCUCCCCCCUCUUAAUAAGCAAAUGUCCAUUGAUGGUUAUCUGAAAUAACAAACAGUUGUAAACAAUGUCUGAUAUAGGCAGCUUGAAUCCUUCCUUUUACAUUUAUAUCUUCUUUUCUGUUAAAGAAACUGCCCCAUCUCCUCUCUUCAAAGAAACAAAACUUUGAAACAUUAUCUGUUCCCGAUCAAUAAAAAUUCAUUAAACAUUACCAAAAUAGCAAACUGGUUAUUUUAGCCUUAGUCAAAUAAACAGAUUUUAUAUUCUUUUCUCUUGUCUCCCAGCAAUCUUUGGUUCCCUCAAAACAUCCUAACAUUUGCUUUCUUUCAUGCUUUAUCUCUUCUCCCAGAAUUGUUUGCAUUUUUAAUAAUCCCUUUUUUGUAAUUCCAGUAUAAAAAGCUUAUCCAAUCACUUUUCACAUUCUCACUGUCUUUUCUUGUGAAAUCACGGACAACUUCAACAGUCCUUUUUGUAAAUUCAAUGCAGAGAUGUUAUCCACAUCACUCUUCAAGUUUACUAUUUGCGUAUCAUUUUAAUUGUGAAAUCCAUUGGUUUCAUUUGUAAACGUAAUAAUUCAUCUUCUCCCAUCACCUUCUUAUAGGGUGUAAUUUUAAAAUCCACAUUCAAUCAAUUUCAGGUUUAUUCAAUGGAACUUGUUCUUCUUGGAUGACAUCAUCUAAUUUUUCUAUAAGAGCAGAUAACUUUAAAAGAAUUCCAAUCCUAAAUCACAAACCUCAAUUAUGAGGUCUACUGAUUUAUUUAUUUCCUUCUGGACCCUUAGUGACCAACUUUCAAAGUCAUCAGUUCCAGGUGUAAACAUAACAAGUUUCUCAUGAGGAUACUUCUAAUUCAAGUCCAUCUGACCCCAAUCUAUUUAAACUUUUUAAAAUCAGCACGGUAAACACCCUUUUGUAAGUAUCAUAUUUACACAAUUAGAAGUGUAAAGUUUUGCAUACACACAAACAACACAUAAAUACAUACAUAUUUGCAAAAUUUUAAACUUCUAAUUAAAACUCCUUUCUUAAAGGAUUGAAAAAAAACUCACACAGUAAAUAUGUUUAACUUGAAGGUCCUCUAUCUUUAAAAAGGGGUAGAACAAAAAGUAAAAUCCAAGUGAUUCAGAAGAGAUUGAAACCUGAGUCUAUGAAGGCUUCAUUGAUGGCUUUGAGUUUCAUGGAAUCCCACAACUCCCAACUGUUUGCAAGCAACUGUAAAAAAAAAUAUUCUGCUCUCUAUUUAUACACACCCCAGCUGCCCAGAAUACAUAGGGCUGAUCACAAGAUCUCUCCUUUCUUCUAACAGAUUUUGGUGGUCCAAAUCCAUGAUUCAGUUGCCAUUUCCAGUUGUCUCUUACUGAUCAUAGGAUGUCAAUUUGCCAUUUCUUCAUUGGAAGUCUCCCCAGGCCUGGAACCUCUUUAGUAUCCAUGGUACAAAUUCUAAAGAUAAUUCAAGAAUUGCAGGAAGCUGAUUAAGCCAGUUUUUGAAUAUCCUAAGAUAGCUUUUCAUUGAUGAAUAUUUCAUUCAGGUAGAUAAAUGCUUAUUUUGUCUAUAUUCGGUUCUCUAUGCCACCCAAGGUUCUCUCUAGAAAUUUUGGAAUGACACUUCCCAGAAUUCACAGCCAAGAUAAGUCAAUAGAAAUUUGGCAGUUGUAGUUUUUGGAGUACUUGAAGAAGACUAGUCAAUUGUAUUACACCAGCCUGUUCUGUUGUAUAAAAUGAGUUACUUUGAGGUGCUGUUCAUGCUUACUGUGUUCAGUACUUUAUUAUUGAAAAGGCACUCCUGUUGAAAUCUAUUUGAAGCAACUUCUCAGCUCUCAGAAAUAAGAGUGGGUCAUUCACACAACUACCAAACCGAUCUGCAGAUAAUGGUAUUAUUGACCGUUAGAAAAAGGCCAUUUGAUAAAUUGGCUUUAAAAAGCUGAAUUUUUUCUUCCACUUGAUGCAUAUUUGUGGGGGGAAAGAAUUGCAGUGUAUUUCAUCCCUUUUUCAUUUUUUCCCCUGUCUCAACUAGUUCUCAAUGCAGAUACAUUUUAUUAAUAAAUAAAAUUGGUCAGAAUUUUUUAAAGGAAGAAAAAAGAAAACACAAAGCAGAGGAGGAUUGGCAUGAGUUAGAGCAGGCCAUGCCUACCCUUGGCUCUACAAAGGCAAAAAUGUUGCGCUACAUCAUGAUCUGGCCAGUGACGCGAUCAAGUUUGUCACCCGUAACUUAGAGUUAAUAUUAGGACUGCAACACUCUUGAGAUGCUUUUGACAAUGGGAAAUGGGAAAGAUGUUCAUGAUUAGCAUAACUGUAGAGGAAAAUAAAGCUGCCUUGUGCUUCAUACAUUGGCUGGUUCUCAAUUGCCAUCAAGCUCCUUUGAGAUACGCAUCAUUUCUGGUGAUUCUGGUGGACAUAACAGCUAUAAAUAUAUAAAGGCUAUAUAAAUCAAUCAUGAAAUAAUUUGUGACUGCAUUCUUCUAGUAUGCUUCCUAACUCUGAGAUUUCCUAAUAGUUUUCCAAUACUAACCAGAUCAGGUAUGGUUUAGCUUUUCAAAAUCAGCCAAGAUGUCAGCUAAUUGGAUACAGCUAUCCUUUUUUAAAAUAUUUUUUAUCAGCUAUGCGAUUCAUCUUUGUCUUUGAUGACUCUGACCUUAAGAAACUUCAUGGAAUGGUGAACAUCAACUGUACUGUAAAAAAAAAUCUAUACAAAAGGUAAGUUAUAGAUGCACAAAGCAUACAGAACAAUUUUACACCACUCUUUAGCUUUCAAAUACCAAGUCCUGCUACAACAUACAAUGACGCCAGGUUCGGCAUAGUACUGCUCAAAAUAUGUCAGUUGAUGGUCUGUGCUAUAAAUUAAAUUUAAUGAGCAAUUAAUUAACCACCUUACUGCUUUGUACUGUGAUAUAGUCUUUCACACACUGUACUAAGCUUUUAUGCUCCACAAACCCAUUACGGUAAAUCCCAACCCUUUCUUUUGUCUUUAAUUUAUGUAUCCUUUAUAGCAUCUAGUUUUUCAUAAUAUUCUAGAUUUUUGUUUUUAUUCUUGAUGCAUCUUUUAUGUUUUUAACUACUAUAUUCCCCCUACCUUAUGUUGGUCUAAGACCAUAUUAAAGAGUUCAUUUUAUUUGAUAAAAUCAUAUAGCAGGAGGACAAGGCUUUUGCUAUAUAAUAUACUAGAUAUAUUCAGGCACAGUGAAUUUGUUACAGGGGUUCCUCAAGAUCCGAGCAGCCAUUAACAACUGUUUGAAGUUACAAAUGUGUUCCCAAAAUGUACUUACAACAAGGGUUCAAAAUUGUGACCACAAGAGGCCCCUGCAGUCAUGGGACCUGGAUUCAGUCACUCCUGAAGCAGUGGCCAGUUUGUUUUCUCGUGACUGUUCUUUGUUGCCCACUGUUCCAACAGGUAAUUUCUGAGGUCCAUAUGGUGCAUGUUCCCCUAACCCCACCCCACCCCGGUCAUAUGACAGUCAAGUUCCAGCAGGCCUCAUUUUUUUUCACUCCUCAUUACUCCCAGGUGGAGGAUUAGAGGACUAAAUCUUUCAUUUCUGCCUUGUGGCUUGUUUUGUAGUUGUUGCCUUGAGAACUGGAGCACUGCUAGUUGCCUUUGGAAGAGCUGGGCAAUCUGACUUUGCAAAUGAUCAAGAGUGGACCCCCACUUAAGGACUUGGAUUUUCUCUGCAGACAAGUGGAUGUUAUAUUGGGAAUGCCUAUUGGCGAGGAAAUGAUAUUCACAACAUGCUAAGAAGAUUCCAGAAAGAAUGUUUGUUGACCAAAAUGCUGUAGAAACCUUUGGAGAAAAGUUGUAAUUAUUUUUGUUCAUUUAAUUUCAGGAAGAAAUACAUAGUUUCAUUAAAUCAGGUAAAACCUAGGAAAAUACUGCCCACACUGCCCAAUGGCAUUUUUCUCAUAACCCAGUGACAAUCAAAUAGUCAUGUUACAAGUUUAAUUAUGGGUGCAACUAAAGGUAAAAAAAAAAAAACUGAGAAUAAGCAGUAUGAGUAGACUUUCUGUAAUUUUUUCCCCCUCAGGAAACUUUCCUGUUUUCACUGAGACUUAUUGUUAAAAGUAUAUAUUGUAAUUUAAGCAUGUUCAUUAUGACGUGUGUUCACAACAGUCAAUGAAAAACAUAUUAUACUUAGUAGCAAUCUACACAUUUAUUUUCUGUAAUUUUAUUUAUUAGAUUUUUAUCCUGCCUCUAUUACUUUAUAAACACCCUAGGGUGAUGAAGAUACAUAAUACUCCUUCCUCGUUCUAUUUUCCUCACAAUAAUAGACUUUGAGGUGUUGUUGGGCUGAGAGAAAAUGACUGGCCAAGUCACCCAGCCAACUUUCAUGCCUAAGUGGGCAGAACUCACGCUCUCCAAGUUUCUAGAUCAGCAUUUUUAAUCACUACACUAAGCUAAUAUUUUUAAAGGACACAACAGAUGUAAUGAUAGAAAGCUAUCUUGACUGAGUGUAAAUUUUUUGAAUCCUAUUUGUUUGUUUGGCUUGUGAUUUUUUCUGCUUAUCUGCCCAAACAAUUUGGUUACAAUUUUCCUACCAUAUACCUUAACCAGAUCCAAUUUUCAAGUGUAGCCUCCUCUGCCAGUUGCUAUUAUUGAUUGCUUGUCUCUUCCAGUAGUCUCAAACCAUGUUUCCAAACUGAAUGGGUAAAUCACCAGGCAGUGAUACUUUCACUAUUAUUUACAGAUGAGGAGGAAGGAGGCAGUCAAAAACCAUAUAAUCAUCAUCAAAACAUAUGGCUUCACCAAUUAUCAAAUUAUUUCAAUAAAUGAAAAGAAUAAAGGCUAUGGUAUCACUUAGUGUGGAAGAAAAUAAUAAUGCUUUGGAAUAUUUAAUCUUAAACAUGCUUCACUGAAAAUAAAGCUCAUAAAACCCAACACAUUUCUAUGUAAGCAAUCCAAGGAUUACACUUGACAUUUCCCUUGCUGCUAAAUAAUAACCCUAACUUUUUUCCUUUCCUCUUUUGCACUGAGGGAGCAAAGCAUCUUGUAAAACGUUACCAUGGAGCAAAUUAGAGGCAGAAUGAAUCAGUACCUCUCCAGAUGUUGUCAAACUAUAACUCCGAGUAUGCAACAAGUUAGUUGAAGUAGCUGUCUCCAGCUUGCACCAUUCAUGUCUUCGUUCAUUCAUCAUCUGUCCUUCCAUUAUGGCAUACUUUUUCCUUGUCUUCAUUUGUUGCUGUGGCGGCAGCGUUUCCACCCAUUGCUUCUUGUUCUACCCUCAAGCAUUUGCAAGGAUUUUGCUGUCAGGAAGAUGAACUUCUAAUACUUCCAUAAAAGACAGAAACAGUAACGUACAAAACUGGCGCAGUGCAGCACAAAAACUGGAUUUCUCCUAUGAUGUCUCUUAUGUCAAUUAUGCAAAUAAUUCAAAGUGAUGCAAAUGAUGUAAUUUGGUGUAUUGUAAAGGUUAAGAUGCUGGCCUAGAAACUAAGAAAUGGGACACAGGAAUUUUUCCUCCUCAUUUUUCAGCUGGGGCAAGAAUAUGACUCUAUUACACAAUUAGGAAUGUUUAGGUGGAAUUGAAGAAAACCAUUCAACAGCGUGUUGAUCACCCUAAAGAGAAGCCUCGACGUUACUUCUUUCCCGCCGUUUUUGGUGUGAUCGAUCCCUCUUGCGCCUGCGCAAUGGCACUACCUCCCAGUCUCCUCCCCCGUCUGCCGUUGAAUGAACGAGGCGUCGUGGCAACGUCACUAAAAGUCCCGGAUGUGUCAGGUCAGGGCGUUAUGGAGAGACCACAAGGGGACGGCUGCAGCUACUGCGUAUCGUUUGCAGGUUUGAUAUUACAGGUGACAUCGCUGUCUCUGGCGUGGGUGUCUCCCUGAUCCAUUUCCAUUUCUGUCUGCUAAUAUUCUAUGGACCCAGCUGACCAGGUGCAGAAGGGUGAAGAUUACAUUGGCAUAUUUCUUUAACCUGUGAAAUCCUAUCUGAUCUCCAAGCUGGCGAUGUCAAGGGUACCGAGUCCUCCUCCUCCGGCAGAGAUGUCAAGCGGACCUGUUGCUGAGAGCUGGUGUUACACUCAAAUUAAAGUGGUCAAAUUUUCCUACAUGUGGACCAUCAAUAACUUCAGCUUUUGUCGAGAGGAAAUGGGUGAGGUCAUCAAAAGUUCAACAUUUUCAUCAGGAGCUAAUGAUAAAUUGAAAUGGUGUUUGCGUGUGAACCCAAAGGGCUUGGAUGAAGAAAGUAAAGAUUAUCUUUCCCUCUAUCUGUUACUGGUCAGUUGUCCAAAGAGUGAAGUCCGAGCCAAAUUCAAGUUCUCUAUUUUGAAUGCAAAAGGAGAAGAAACUAAAGCAAUGGAGAGCCAGAGAGCCUAUCGGUUUGUGCAAGGCAAAGAUUGGGGAUUCAAGAAGUUUAUCAGAAGAGAUUUUCUCCUAGAUGAGGCGAAUGGGCUCCUUCCAGAUGACAAGCUCACUCUCUUCUGUGAGGUGAGUGUAGUACAAGACUCUGUCAACAUCUCUGGUCAGAAUUCCAUGAACAUGGUGAAGGUACCUGAAUGCCGCUUGGCUGAUGAAUUGGGAGGCCUCUGGGAAAACUCUCGCUUCACGGACUGCUCCCUGUGUGUAGCCGGCCAAGAGUUUCAAGCUCACAAAGCCAUAUUAGCAGCCCGCUCCCCAGUUUUCAGUGCAAUGUUUGAACAUGAGAUGGAAGAAAGUAAAAAGAAUCGAGUUGAAAUCAAUGAUGUGGAACCUGAAGUUUUCAAAGAAAUGAUGUGCUUCAUUUAUACGGGAAAGGCACCUAAUCUUGACAAAAUGGCUGACGAUCUGCUUGCAGCUGCUGACAAGUAUGCUUUGGAACGUUUGAAAGUGAUGUGUGAAGAUGCUUUGUGCAGCAAUUUGUCAGUGGAGAAUGCAGCAGAGAUCCUAAUUCUGGCUGAUCUACACAGUGCUGACCAGCUAAAAACUCAGGCAGUUGACUUCAUAAACUACCAUGCUUCUGAUGUCAUGGAGACUGCAGGCUGGAAGUCGAUGGUAGUAUCUCACCCUCAUUUGGUAGCAGAGGCAUACCGUUCACUGGCCUCUGCACAGUGCCCCUUUCUGGGACCCCCACGCAAACGACUGAAGCAAUCCUAAGGCUGGGUCCCCACUGCACAACCCUCUUGUCUGUUUUUUUCUUAAAAAAAAUUGAAGUAGCAACAGAAGCAGUUGCUUCUCCAAACUUGACCAUCAGGUAGAUGGUGCAACCUGUGGAGUUUUUUAUUUUGUUUUGGGUGGGUCAGGGAGGGUUGGGAGGAAGAGUGUUUUGGGACAUGCAGACUUCUAAACAAAACAAAAACCAGUACCAAGUCAACUUUGAGACAAACGGGGGAGGGAUACGCUUUGGGAAAGGGGAUUGUUCAACCUUCUGUUGCUGCAUUUUCUGUGUGUUUUCCUUUGAAUGGCUGAGUCAAGAACUUAAAAGUUGACUAGGCAUACAAUUCCACAAUCUUAAAUGGAAUUUAAAGUGAAAAAAACUACAAGAGGCUUCUUCAUCUGAUAGCACAGAAGAAAUUGGCAUGCUUGGAGCAAAGAAGACAUUUUCCUUUCUUUGGGAAAUCAAUUGUGGGGAAUGGGGGAAAUGAGUUGGCCGUGGCAAACCAAAUCCCAUGAAAGGAAGCAUCAGUGGAAUUUCUGUUGAAAGAUUUUUGAAACAAGGACAGACCUUCCAACCCUACUGAGAUUUCUGCAUUUACCGUCCAGCCAUGAUGAGAUGAUUGCUGUGUCUUGUACAUGAAUUGGGUUGGAAAAGAAAGAAGCAGAUGAAUAAAUCUUGUCUAAAAAAGCUUCUUAAAAAUGCUGAUAAAGGGACUGCUCUAGGAUAUACUUUCUGGAAGACAGGGGUAGGAUGGAGACAGCCAUUAUCAGUUUUCAGGAACCAUUGUGGUUCCUCUUCACUUGGAAUGGGAUAUCCAAGAACAAUGGUUAAUUGUUUAGAUAUUGUGGGAGCUUUGUUCCUCUCCUAUUUUUCCUUCUUUUUUUUUUUUUUGGUUCUCGACUCCCGUGAUUCCUCCUCCACAUACAAAUCUUUUUUUAAAAAAAUAAUUGUUCAUGAAUACUCGUGUCAAAGAUUUCUGUUCUGAGUUGCUAAAAACAACAGAGUAUUUGUAUUCAUCUACUGGUUUGUAGAAAAUUUGGUCCUGUUUCAUUUUAAGCCCAUUUUCUGUUACAGGUAAAAUGUUCCAAAAUUGUGGUAAAGCUCUUUUUCUCCUUCUGAGUUUUUUUUGGGGUGUGUUUGUGUGUAUAAUUACUCUUUUGUACUGUGCGUUGCUAUGUCUUGUCUUCAUGGGUUUUCUUUUCUUUUCUUUUUCUAAAACCAUUUUCUCCAAGUUUAGAUUUAGUUCUAUGUGUCUGUUUUAUUGAUGCAAAUAUUUCACAUCCAGGGAUGAUAGGAGCAGCUGCUAAGGUAUUGGUUUAAUACUUUGGUAAGAUCUUGCUCUGAGAGUUGCCCUCUCUGGGGACAUGAAGGCAGGUAUUAGUUCUUCAGUAUUUUAUUUUUUGUAUUUUUAUCUUUUUCCUUUUCUACAAAGGAAAUUGGCUCAAGAGAUAAGUAUCUGAAUCUCUCAACCUAUCGAUACCUCAAGUAGAGAUACUGCAUACCACUUGGGAUGGAUAGAGUCUGUCCUAUGGGAUCCUCAUUUUAUCUCUAAGCUUGAGAAAAAAAAAUCCCUAAAGAAAAGCAGAGAAGUAAUAUGAUAUGGAGGAACACUACUCCAAUUUAAUUAUAACAAUUUACUCUGUUGAUAAGCAUAAGAUUUGCAUUUUAGACAACGGGAGUGCAGUUGAUGCAGCGCUUUUUUGGACAUGUCCUCAAAUUCCUUUGCCUAAUGUUGCCUAGCCUCACUAGAGCAAUGAAGUAAAGAUAAAAUAUCCCUCCAUUACAGAGAUGGUUUCUGGGAGAUUUUUUUGUGCACAAACUUUGGCUUUGUGAUGGUCUUUCACAGAAGUACUGACCAGAUUUAAUCUACCUAGUUUUUCAGCCAGUUACAUACUGCCACCUAGUUGGCACAGUGAUGAGGAGGACCUGAACAGAAAUUUAAAUUUGCUCCUUUUUUAGGGCUUCAUUUAUUUUUCCCAUUUGAUAUCCCCGCUCACCAACUUCAGUUUUCAGUCUUUCUUUUCAAGCUGAUUAAACUUUUUAUAGCUUGUGGACAUGCUUUGCUUUCACUGGAUUCUUUAAUUAGCCUUUUGGACCCAAAUAAUUUUCCUUGUUAUCUCCCUUUUAUUUUACCAGUGGCUUGGUUUUAAGUUUUGAUUCCACUCUUCCCUUGACUUUGCUUUAGAAAAUGUUCAUUUCUUUUGAGAAGUUGUGGCUGCCUUAUAAAAUGGAAAUAGGGGGUAACUCUAGUGAAAGUGGAGCCCAAUAUCUUUAUGUUCAGAUAAAUGGGACAGUCCUUCAGGUAGAACUGUUUCAAUUUUAAAUGGCCUUAAUAGAGAACUGUGUCAGUUAAUGGUCCUAUAUCUGGCAGAAGUUUUCCAGAAGGUGAAAAUAGGCGAGUCUUAAUCAUGAAGCAGAGCAAACCAGAAAAGAAGUUAAUGAGCAAGUGAUCUAUAUACUAACAAGCAGAAGUAUAGAGAAAAGGAGAUUCUUUAGAUAGAAAAUACCAAGAAAGAAGAGCAGUUUGAGCUUAACUUAGGCUGGAACUGGUAGCCCAUACCGAAAACAGGAGUGAAAUGAUCAUCCUUAUUAGUGGACAAGUGUUAAAGAGGUGGAUUAAGACUCUGGAAACCUGUGCAAAUUCUUGCCUCCAACAGAAAUGUGCUAUGUUUUAUUGCCCUUCCAUCAUCCCUGUUGUGAACUGGAUGAGGAUAAUAUUGAUCUAUCCUGCAGUGUUGUAGGAGUUCUGGGAUUUUUCUUAAAAAAAAAAAACAGACACAAACACACACACACACACAAACACAAAUCUAUAGCUCGGUAAUGUUUACUCUUUCUCAGCAAAAAAAUUUGAUCCAAAAAUGACACAUAUGUGGUGGUGACUCAGGUGGGAAUGUUCAACUUCCUUUUUAUAAUAUUUUUAAAAAGACGCCUAAAGUAAUUGUCAUACUUAUGACAGGCUGAUCAACACAAUCACAGCAAAGAUGCCUAAAAAAACUGACUUUAGUAGCCAGCUAAAAUACCAUUUUUCCUGGCAUCUUUCUAAAUAGAUUUGCCCCUUGUUAGCAUUUUAAGGAAUAGUUAAUGGCUUCUGCAUUUUGGCUAACACUUUAGACUACAACUAUGGAUCUUCCAUUGUAAGAGACAGAUUAACAUGGAAUCAUUGCAUUUGACCUUGGAAGACAAAGAAACCUUUACGUAUCACAGCAAUUUUUCAGAUCUUAAACUUGCUUGAAGCCUUAUCCAUUAGGCUUGCACUACUCAUGUUCGGCAAGAUUCCAGUAAACCCAGUUUCCCUGCUUAAAACGGCAUUUUGAAUAAGAAAGCAAGAUUUGUUAGCAAUGCAUCACAUCUGCUUCUCUAGGUAUGAAUAAAAGGGUUGCUGUAAUUACGCCAAGAAAAGAAGCUGGGUUGUUUACCAAAAGGUUUGCUGUUACUUGACAAAGAUUUCAUCCCCAUUGGAUUUGCAAGAGCAGCUAUAACUGCUCAGGGAGUCUCUUGCCUCAGCUUCUACUUGGAAGAUGCAGACAUUCUUGCAAGAAGUUAAACGGACUUUGACAUCACCAGCCUUGCCUUCUCUUCAGGGAGGCAUUUGACUGGAAAGCGAGGCUGGUUUUGGCAAUCACCUCCCUGGGGGAGCCAUAGGCUCAAGGGCAAGAAAGGCAACCUCUUCAGGGAUCUGUGUGGCCUUUUCUUCCCCAAAGGAAAGAAGACUAAGAAUGUGCAUCCUGAGUAACUUAGGAGACUGCUUCCAAGCAAGGAAGGAAAAUUUUAUUUCUGUGACUUCAAGCGAAGAGACACAUUUUAAUCAGGGAGAGUGAUGGAUGGUUCAUUUAACAGAAGUAUAGUAGCCUGGGAUAAUAGAAGUACAAUUAGUAUAGGAAAUAGCCCAAAACAUACUUUUGAAUCCAUAUUUGUUUCUCUUAACCUAAGUCCAUUUCUCAAUAAGAAAAAGCUAAGAUGACAAGGGUUUGAUGACAAUUAAGAACAGGAAGAGAAAUUGUUUUAUUCUACCAAACAUGUCCACUGAUUCAUUAAUGCCACUUAUUUCUGUUCUGGCAGGAGCUUGUUGUCUAUAAAGAAAGAGUGUUAAAUGAUAAAAUCAGGAAAGGGAAAAAUAAUUGCAGGCUUCCAGGCUUCUUAUUUUUCUAUAUCCAAAAAAUGCCCUGUGUCAUAAAACAUAAAAUGCUUAAAUUGCAAGCAAGAAUAAUGUAUUGGUUUCCUCAGUUCUGUUGUAGCCUAGGACAACCUUUUGUCCUAUCCCAUUAUGACUCAUACUUAGAAAAUUGUCAUAUCCAUAAAAAAUUAACAAAAUACACUAGGAAGUAAAGCAGUCAAAGCUUAAAUAAGUCUGCUGUUAUUUUAGCGCUCUCACGCUGUUUUUUUGCUCUAUUCUGAACUCUUAUCUUUUCUGUUAAUUCACAGCAUGAGAUGCUUUUGUGUGUUCUAACCAGAAAUAAGACUUGAUGGGGUGCAUUGUGCAAGUACCAGGGGAAGAUACAUGUAGCAACAAACACUGAAUUGGAGGGGGCAUCAUUUAGAGCUACAUUUUUAGUAAACAAAAUAAGCAAAGCUGUGUCCUGAUUAAUAAUCCCAAGUCAAUCACUACAAAACUAACGAUCUAGUAGAAUAUUCCUUAUGAAGUAGAAGGUUUCUUAUGAAUGGUGUACUUUAGAUGCUAAAAUUAUAAUAUACAAUGAAGGCAAAAGCAUGAUUGAUCUCAGGAGAGGAAGAAAGGUCCAAUCAGAGCAGUCUGACAAUAGAGCCAAUUAUGUUAUGAGAUGGUGGACUCAUUUUCAAGCAGAGACUGGUCACCAUCUGUUACUGAUGCUGGAUAGAGAAUGUGAUUCUGCUAUCUAAAUGGCUUAUUCCAGCUAUAUUAUUCUAAGGGAACAUACAGAAAAAUAAAAGCUGAAGCUACCUACUAGCCAAGUGGAACAUACAAAAAGAAUAUAUCUGAUUCACUGUUCACAGUGCGUUUAGGCUUUUGAGAUGUUCCAUUUUCCUUGGACCUGUGGUCGAUGGUGCAUAAGUAUGUAUAAGAAAUUUGGGAAGGACUUGAAAACCUUGCUUGUUUUUUGCUUAGUAUAAAAUUAAGGAAACCUGGUAUUCAUUGUUGUCUACAAAUGCCUCCCCCCAACUGUUAGAACUCUAGCUCUUGAAGAAUGAACUUAAAUAUUAAGAGUUGUUCAUCAAAUUUAAGGAGUGGAAUUAAAAUUUAAACACUGUAGAAACUUUAGUACACCUGUACUAUGAAAACCCAAACAAAAUGACAAAAAUGACUGGUUUUUCUAAAAUAUAUUCCAGAUUUAAAGUAGAAAAUAGAGAAUAGGAUGUUGGAGGGCAAGAAUUGUCCAGAGUUAUGCCAUCAUAUUAUCAGAACAAUAGCAUAACAUGUAUGUAUAUAUGAUUGUGAUUAUAUUUGAUACAUAGAAUGCCCUAUUCUUUGGUUUUGUUAUUCAUACUAUAAUUGUUAUUAGGAAAAAAAUAGAAAAAUCAUUCAGGACUGACAAUAGCUUUAAUAUUGACCAAAGUGCACCAAAUCUAUCUGUACCAUCUAGACCUCUGUUAAAAAAAUAUGGAUCUUUUCCAGGAAGCUUAAUCACAUUUAAAGCCAUUUUAAAAAUUGUGUUAUCUAAGGAUUGAAUGUUAUUCAUUUUAGCUAUGAACAGAUCAUGGAACACUAAGAACUUAGUGUGACUCUAUGGCUCAUUUCUGGCAAUAGAUGAAGAUACAUUUUCAUAUGGCAAAAAGGCAAAUUUUGAGUAGUAAUUGUAUACUGUAUUACUAUUUCCUUUGGCAGAUGUUUUACGUCUUAAGUGUUAAAAUACAUAGAUAUAUAUUUUAUUGCAAGGGGGAAGGAAGUGAUGUAAAGAUAUUACUUAAAUCACAUUCCAUAUAUUUAUACUCCAUUUCUAUUCAAUCCAUAAUCAAACUUCUCUGAAUGGCAUGGAGAAUGUCAGUAAGCAAUCCAAGAUUAUACAAAUAGCCAAAAGCAAAAUAAAUAUACAAAAACAGCAAGUUGGUAAGGACAUCUGGAAGAUGGCAUUUGAUGAUUUGAUCUUUGGAGCAUGCAGUGAUCAGUAACUCUGGUAAAGUGAU